AUGGACUCGGGCAAGUCCUCCAGUCUCGAGUUUAACUCAGCCCCACCUCCACCUGGUGACUCAGUCCUCGUUCCCUUGAUAAUUAAUCGAAGAAAUGAGGUUUUUUACUACGUGGAGCUCACGGGGAUUACCAUUAAUGGAGAACAAGUACCCAUUCCGGCAUCAGCUUACCAAAUAGGCCAAGAUGGACGUGGGGGAAUUGUAGUUGACUCGGGCACCACCAUAACUCAGUUGCCAGAUGAGGUUUAUAACUCGGUCCGCGAUACGUUUGUUAAGAACGCUCAAGCCUUGCCUCGCACGAGCGGGUACGCUAAUGACAUAGUUAAAUUGGACGUUUGCUAUGAUCUAUCCUCAAACCCCACAGAUGGCUAUCCAACGAUGUCGCUUGAUUUCUCUGGGGGCAAAACGCUGCCGUUGAGGCCUGCAAAUUACUUGUUUCGUGUUGAUACCAGUGGCAAGCACUGUUUGGCUUUUACUGUCGCUACGCUGCCUAUGUCAAUACUUGGGAAUAUACAGCAGCAAGGGAUGAGGGUUAAUUACGACCUUGCCAAUAAGAUGAUUGGUUUUAGUUUUGAUAUUUUGAGGAUCUCAUCGUCUACCUUUGUUCUAAAGUACUUUCUUUUCUCAACCAAACUAACUUUUGUGAUUCUUAGUAAUUAG